AUGAUUGGUGAUGAGGGUGUGAGACCAUUGACAUUGCUCCAAUUGAUAGACGACGUAGAACGAUUAGGCUUGGGCUACCGAUUUGACAAAGAUAUAACUGUAGCACUCAAUAGAAUAAUUGCAAUGGACGAGAGUAACGUGGGAGCGGAGAAGAACAUUCAUGUUACUGCUCUCAAAUUCAGGCUCCUCAGACAACACGAUUAUGACAUCUCUCAAGAUAUCUUUCAGAGUUACAAGGAUCACUACGAUGAUUUUAAUGUCUUGGAAGAGCUCAAAUCUUUUGCAAUGAUUCAACUUGAGGACAUCAAGGGACACAUAGACAAAAGCCUCGUGGAAAAGAUAAAUCAUGCAUUGGAGCUUCCGUUGCACCAUAGGAUGUGUAGGUUAGAAGCUCGGUGGUACAUCGAUGUCUAUAGUAAGAAUAAAGAAGCAAAUCAAUCGUUGCUCGAACUUGCUGUUUUAGAUUUCAACAUGGUACAAUCUACUUUACAAAGUGAUCUUAAAACAGUGGCGAGGAAUAUUCACAUCACACUAAACAUUCAUAGUAUAGGUCUUGCUAGCGAGUUGAACUUUAUAAGAAAUAGGUUAAUAGAAUGCUUCUUCGGGACAGUGGGAAAGAUUUAUGAACUGAGAUUUAGUAAUUGUCGAAUAGGUUUAACACAAAUUAUUGCACUAAUAACUACAAUUGACGAUGUUUAUGAUGUUUAUGGAUCGUUAGAUGAACUUCAGCUAUUCACUGAUGCUGUUAAGAGAUGGGAUGCCAAUGCAGUGAAAAGUUUUUCAUACUACAUGAAGUUAUGCUUCCUGGCUCUCUACAACACUGUCAAUGAAAUGGCUUACGACACUCUGAAAGAUAAAGGCAUAAACGUCAUACCAAUCCUAUCUAAAGCAGUAUGUUACCCCAUAUGGAUGCUAACAUGUAGUAUAGUCUUGACUUAA